UGACACCCAAGGCGAGCACCAGCGGGAGCGCGGUGCUGGGCUCAGGACGCGCUCCGCGGAAUCUCGUGCCCGAGUUGGGCGCCGAACUUUGCCUGGAUCAACGCAGAAGCGACGCCGCAAGUCCUGGUGCAGCUUCGGGGGCGGUAUUUCGCCUCCGCUCCUGCCGCUCCUGAGCAGCCUUGCCUGCUCCGGGAGAGCAGCACUGAGUUUCCCCAGCAGAAAGAGCCGGGACGCGCGCGGCGAGCCACAGGGAACCAGGGGCCGACCCCAGCAGAGCGACGGAGAGGUGGGACGGGGAUCGGAUGGCUGGGGUGGGUCCAUGAGCCCGUGCUCAGUGUCUGUCCCCGCACACUCAGCUCUGAGUUCCCAAGUUACAGUGCCUUGCGCGCAAUAGGGGCUUCUUGUCUGUCUGCAGGAGCUCCGGUGGGGGUGUCCGAAGUGAGGAGGUGGCCCCAGCGCUGCCAGAGCAGAGAGGGGAUAGCCCUCUUCCCUUUUUGGACCCUGUGUGAUAAAUAAUCCGAGCAAAACCCACAAGGGGCAGUCUCACUGCGUCUGCAUUUUCAGAAGUUGACUGUCCCCCACCACAUAUGGAUUUCCAAUACUACAGGAGUGCUAAGGGUUGAUUGAUUAACUUCAGUCAACUUCCAUGUCAAUUUCUAGGUGGUCCAGCAAAAUUUUGAACACUAGCCAUGGAAGAUUUGAUGUUUCUCUGUAGCAACUUCCUCGACCCGUAAGUCCUGCAACCUUCCAUCCUUUUGUGCUUAUAAAGGCUCCUGGGCUUCUCUAUCCAGAGUUGUUCUGCGUUGGCUGGCUGGCCAUGGGGAGCACUCUGGGCUGCCAUCGCUCCAUCCCCAGAGACCCCUCAGACCUGUCACAUAACCGUAAAUUCAGUGCAGCCUGCAACUUCAGCAACAUUCUGGUGAAUCAGGAGCGGCUGAACAUCAACACUGCCACUGAGGAGGAGCUGAUGACCCUGCCUGGGGUGACACGGGCAGUGGCCAGAAGCAUCGUGGAGUACCGGGAGUAUAUCGGCGGCUUCAAGAAGGUGGAAGAUCUAGCACUGGUCAGCGGUGUUGGGGCCACCAAACUGGAACAGGUCAAGUUUGAGAUCUGUGUGAGCAGCAAGGGUAACUCUGCCCAGCACUCCCCCAGUUCCCUGAGGCGGGACCUGCUGGCUGAGCAGCAGCCUCAUCACCUGGCCACCUCUGUGCCUCUCACUCCACGGGUCAAUAUCAACACAGCCACCCUAGCUCAGCUCAUGAGUGUCCGGGGCCUCACCGAGAAGAUGGCUGUCAGCAUCGUGGACUACCGCCGGGAGCACGGUCCUUUUCGCAGCGUUGAGGACCUGGUGAGGAUGGAUGGGAUCAACGCAGCCUUCCUGGACAGAAUAAGACACCAGGUGUUCGCAGAGCGGUCCAGGCCCCCAUCUACCCACACUAACGGAGGCCUUACCUUCACUGCCAAGCCUCAUCCCAGCCCCACCUCUCUGAGCCUGCAGAGCGAAGACUUGGACCUGCCACCAGGGGGGCCCACACAGAUUAUCUCCAUGCGGCCCUCUGUGGAGGCCUUUGGAGGUAUGCGGGAUGGGCGGCCUGUGUUUAGGUUGGCCACUUGGAACUUGCAGGGCUGCUCUGUGGAGAAGGCCAACAACCCAGGGGUCCGAGAGGUGGUCUGCAUGACUCUUCUGGAAAACAGCAUCAAACUUCUGGCUGUGCAAGAACUGCUUGACAAAGAGGCCCUGGAAAAGUUCUGUACAGAGCUAAACCAGCCAAUCCUGCCCAACAUUCGAAAGUGGAAGGGGUCCCGAGGAUGCUGGAGGUCCGUUAUUGCUGAGAAGCCUUCGAGCCAGCUCCAGAAGGGCCCCUGCUACUCUGGAUUCCUGUGGGACACAGCAGCCAGUGUGGAGCUGAGGGACAUCCUGGGACAAGAGAGCUCACCCAGCAACGGUCAUGGGAAGGCUGUGGGUCCGAAUCCGUUCCUCGCCAGGUUCAAGGUGGGAAGUAAUGACUUGACCCUGGUUAACCUUCAUCUGACAGCCCUGGCCCUCCCAGGAGCUGAGAAUCCUAGCAAGAAUCACAGCGAUGGCCACCGGGUGUUGAACUUUGCACUAACUCUACAGGAAACUCUGAAAGGAGAAAAAGAUGUUGUUAUUUUAGGGGAUUUUGGCCAAGGGCCAGAUAGCAGUGACUAUGACAUCCUAAGGAGAGAAAAAUUCCAUCACCUGAUCCCAGCUCACACCUUCACCAACAUCAGCACCAGGAAUCCCCAGGGCUCCAAGUCUGUGGACAACAUCUGGAUCAGCAAAAGCUUAAAGAAAGUGUUCACAGAUACUGACAGGUUUAUGAUAAAAAGGAAAGACUGUCAUUGGUCAGAGGCACAUCUAAGAGGGAAGGGCUUGUGCCAAGUAAUUUAAAGGUAACCAUUAAAUCCACGUAGACGUUUUACAUGCAAACCCAGCUGUCGAUACCUCUGAAGGUCACAGGGUCAUGAUUCAGAGAUGAACUGAUAAACUGCCUGAACUUUAAGGACACUUAGUCAUCCAGUGAGCAUUCGUCAAGUGUUCAAAUGCUGUGGAUGAGGUAUACUACACACUUUGAGAGGCAAGGAGACACGUCACUGUUAGUGUUUCUAUCACUGUGACAAAUGGGCCCAAGAUAACCAGCCUAUAAGGAAGAAAGGUUUACUUUGACUCAUACUUUCAAAUGCUUCAGACCGUGGUCGCCUGGCCUGUUGCUUUUAGACCUCUAGUGAGAUAGUACAUGGUGGAGAUGUGUGGCACCCCUGGAAGGCACCUGUGUCAGGAAUCGUGAAUGCGAACCAUUCUUUCCUCUGUCCCUCCCCUCACAUACGUCUGAAAGCAGCCAGAAAGGAGAGGGAAGGAUCCUAGGAGGGGCUGGAGUCCAGUGUCCCUGAAAGGGCUUGUAUCCAGUGAUGUAAUUUCCCCCACCUCCUCAACCUCUGUCACCUCCCGCUAGUACCAUCAUCUGGGAACCACGCCUACAACACACGAGCUUGUUGGGGACAUUUAGGGACCAAGUUGUAACACAUAAUCACAGCACGGUGAGAGGAGUGCUCAGAGCUGCACAAGGAACACAGCGUGAUGGAGAUGCCUGUGACCCACAGCUGGCAGUGUGGAAGAACAGUAGGCUCUUCAGUACUGCAGACUGAGGGAACCGCAGGGCCUUUAGAUGCUCAGGAGGCCAAGCACCGUCCCCUGACCUGCAGCGGGGUCUUUGAUGAAAGACGAGCAUGACAUUGUCAGCCUCUCCUGCCACUUUGCAGAACCCCAGUGGAUGCGUCAUGUCGCUCAGUGAGGGACUUAGACAGGAAAAGAAGCAGUUCCUGGGCCCCGCUGCAAGAUGCCACCGCACAGUCAGGGCCCAGGUCCUUGGGAUUUGGAGUUCCCAGUGUGGACUGUGUUCCAGCACUUUCUUCUCUCUGCACACUGGUCUCCUACUGGGCUCAAGUGAGCACUGGCUGUCUCAUCUGAGGCAAGAUGUAAUUUGCAAAAGUGCUUUGGAGGCCAGGGCCUGCUAGGUUCCCUGGUGGACAUUUGUGGGAGGCACGUGUGUCAAGAAUAGGGAAUCUGAGCCAUACUUUCUUCUGCCGCACCCCCACCCCAAGCUGAGGUAUAGGGACAAGUUCCCUUGCCACAGCUGUCAGCUACAGUGCCCAGGACAAACCCAGAGUCCAGGCCCUUCAGAUCUUACAUUAGCCCUGACGUCACGUAUCACAGAGGACUGCAACAGUGCCCUGUAAUUGUUUUGUCAUCAUUUGUUGUUUCCAUAUGUAAUUCUAGUUCAUGUAUUUAAAUUAAAAUAUUGAUUCGACUCAGUUUAUCAUAAAAAAGAGGGCAUGAAGUUGGGAGGGAGAUAUAUUUGAGGGAUCAGGGGGGAGUUUGAGAGAUUGGGGUGGAUAGGAACAAGACACAUUGUAUAUAUGUGUAAAGAUUUUAAGAAUAAACUAAACAUUAACAAAAAAGAAUAGUUUAAAAAAGAUUUAGUUUGCACUCAGCUAAGCACUGAGCUGAACUCAAGAAAGCCAGUAACAGAAGG